CUCUUUCUCGGAGCGAGGGAUCAUGCAUCCUUUUUCUCCCUUAGCCUCCUCUCCGCUUGUACGUUGUCAUUUCAGGGUCUCUUUAUCAAUCGAGUCGUUGUUGCUGUGGUUCCCUAUAGGGCUGCUUACCAGAGACUGUCCUGCUCCACACUGUCUGAGGGACUUGUAGACGGGAAAGCAGCUGUCUGCCGAACUGCUGGUUCUGCUGGGAAGAAGAUCACAAUGGGGCUCCAGGUCUCUGCAUAGACCUACUUGUCACCUCUUUUACAAUUCAGGACACAAUCAUUUAUCUCUGUGCCCUGAUUGCUUCUCUUAACUUCAGGCGGAGUGGAUAUCUUGCUGUUGGUGGAAUUGAAGGAGCACCCGACUAUAGCAGCUGACACUGUCACACACCGACUCAACACCGUCUGAACCACCGUCGGACAUUCGUCACCUGUCUCUACUACCUAAACGACAAGACCCGAGGGCAGCCGACAGUGGAUGUGCUGUUUCACUCUCCUGUCUCUGACUGUCCCGGGACUGAAGCCAGCCGGCGGAGAGGACUUUCUCUCAUUCUCGCAAGACCACUUUACCACAACUCCUCCUUCAACAGGUCUGACGACAGCUGAAGCUCGAGGCAGAGGAGGCGAGCACGCUCUCGGCGCCCCCCCGGACGUCCACAGACUCACCCGCAGACGCCUCCACACUGACUCCAGCAGCGGGCCAUCAUGCAGGUGUCCUUCGCAUGCACGGACCACGGCCUGAAGGCGCCCCGGAAUGGCGAGCACAGCAAGCAGAACGCCACCAGCCCCAACACGACCAGCCAGGCGCGGGCACGCUUCCGCACCGUGGCUCUGAUCGCCCGCAGCCUGGGCUCCUUCACCCACCGUUACCACCACAACUUGAAGGAGUCCACCGCCAAACUCACCGGCAUGAAGUACCGGAACCUGGGGAAGUCAGGCCUGCGUGUCUCCUGUUUGGGGCUGGGCACUUGGGUGACUUUCGGUGGGCAAAUAUCAGAUGAGGUGGCGGAGCAGCUGAUGACGAUUGCCUAUGAGAACGGGGUGAACCUCUUUGACACGGCGGAGGUCUACUCUGGGGGGAAAGCGGAGAUAAUCCUGGGAAACAUCAUCAAGAAGAAGUGCUGGAGGAGAUCCAGUCUGGUCAUCACCACCAAGCUCUACUGGGGAGGAAAAGCCGAGACAGAGAGAGGGCUCAACAGGAAACACAUCAUUGAGGGUCUGAGAGGGUCUCUCCAGAGAAUGCAGCUGGAGUAUGUGGAUGUGGUCUUUGCCAACAGGCCCGACACCAACACUCCCAUGGAGGAGAUCGUGAGGGCGAUGACCCAUGCCAUCAACCAGGGAAUGUCCAUGUACUGGGGGACUUCACGGUGGUCUGCUAUGGAGAUCAUGGAGGCCUAUUCUGUGGCGAGGCAGUUCAACCUGAUCCCUCCGGUGUGUGAACAAGCAGAGUACCACUUCUUCCAGAGGGACAAGGUGGAGACGCAGCUGCCUGAACUCUACCACAAGAUAGGUGUGGGGGUGGUCUCUUGGUCUCCUCUUGCCUGUGGAAUCAUCACUGGGAAAUAUGAAAACGGUGUCCCUGAAACCUCCAGGGCCUCAAUGAAGCCCUACCAGUGGCUCAAGGAGAAGAUAGUGAGUGAAGAUGGAAGGAAACAGCAGGCCAAGCUGAAGGAGCUGGCUCACAUUGCUGAGAAGCUGAGCUGUACCCUGCCACAGCUGGCCAUAGCUUGGUGUCUGAGGAAUGAAGGAGUGAGUUCAGUGUUGUUGGGAACUUCCAACCCCACACAGCUAACAGAGAACCUAGGAGCCAUACAGGUUAUUCCAAAAAUGACAGCAAACAUUGCUACAGAAGUUGAUCACAUACUGGGAAACCAACCUCGUAGUAAGAAGGACUACCCCCACUAAGAGAACACACACAGAGAACUGGAACCCAAGAAGCUGGAGACUCUCUCAGCCAUGGCACCUCAAAAUGUGUGCCCGACCUUGUGUGUGUGUUUGUGUGUGUGUGUGUGCGCGUAUGUGUGUGCGUAUGUGUUCUCCUGUCCUUACCGAGGUCAACCAGUAAUCCAAUGUUGUGAUGUCUGAGCUCCUUAACAAAGCAUGCAUGUUACAGCUAUGCCACAAUUACAGCUAAACCCAGUCUGUUCAACCUAGGACGCUAAGAUGCAAGUCAUGACAUAAAACUAUAAUGUCCUAAAAUCUAAAGACUGUAUGGUCAAUUCAAAUUAGUUCCACCCCUCAGGCUACAUUCUGAUGCUUCACAACGAAUGCAUUUAUAAUGAAUGCCCAAUCAAUGGGGUGAUCUUGUCAAAGCCAAGAACUAUGUCCAUGAGGGAGGGACUUUUGAUUGGUGGGCCAGACACAUCUCUACAUUACACUUCAUAAAAUAGUGAUUAACACAUUAUUACAUUAAAAAACACGUCUAGAAAACAGUAAUGAACGAAACCAUGUUCCCCUGCAAUGUAAUGGCAUCCUGUUUCAUUUUUAUUGUCAUCAAUCUCAUAUUGUUAAAAUACCAACAGAGCAAAGUUGGAUUGAAGGAUAUUUCAAAACAACUAUAAAUGGACUGUUACACUGACUAUUUUCAUUGUAUGUGCAACUGCAGUAGCUUGUAUAUUGAGCAGUGAAAUGUAUUACAAUACCGUAUUUUUGAUUGAAAGAAUGCAGUCAUGGUUUACCCUUGUGUAAGCAUUAAGCAAGUAAACAAUUGUAGAUAAGCUGUGCC